AAUGACGGGGCAUUGGAUAAUGGUAGCAAAGUGAAGUUGGAACUGUCUAUUGCGAUGUGGCUUGGAGCUAUUCAUUUUAACUUCUUUUUGCUCCUUUUCUCCUUUCUAUUCCUCCCUUUUCCCAAACUCAUUAUGGUGUUGGGAUUGCUUUCCUUUUUCACGUUUCUUCCUAUCGAUCCUCACAGUAAAAUUGGCCGUAGGUUGGCCAGGUAUAUAUGUAAGCAUCUUUGCAGCUACUUUCCCAUUACUCUAUACGUUGAGGAUAUUCACGUCUUCCAUCCUGAUCGUGCUUACGUUUUUGGUUAUGAACCACAUUCGGUUUUGCCAAUUGGGGUUGCCACGCUGGCUGACCUUGCAGGUUUCAUGCCUCUUCCCAAAAUGAAAGUCCUUGCAAGCAGCGCCGUAUUCUACACUCCGUUUUUGAGGCAUAUAUGGACAUGGUUAGGUGUCUCACCUGCAACAAAAACAAUGUUUUCUUCACUAUUGGAAGCUGGUUAUAGUUGUAUUAUAGUGCCUGGCGGACUGCAAGAGACAUUCUUCAUGGAGCAUGGUUCUGAGGUUGCAUUCCUUAAGGCACGAAAAGGAUUUGUUCGGAUUGCCAUGGAAAAGGGGUGUCCGCUGGUUCCAGUUUUCUGCUUUGGUCAGUCACAUGUCUACAAGUGGUGGAAGCCAAGUGGGAAGUUCUAUCUGCAAUUUUCCAGAGCUAUCAAGUUCAUUCCCUUAUUGUUUUGGGGAAUUUUUGGAUCUCCUUUACCCUAUCAACAUUCAAUGCAUGUGGUGGUGGGUAAACCUAUUUACUUGAAGAAAAAUCCCCAACCUACUGUGGAAGAGGUCCUGGAAACACAUGACCAAUAUGUUAAAGCACUUCAAGAUCUCUUUGAAAGACACAAAGCUCGGGUCGGAUAUGCUGAUCUUCCAUUAAAGAUUCUUUGA